UUUCUCUUGAAACCCACCGGAAUUACUUCAAACCCACCGGAAAAUUAGACGCCAUUCUCAUACUCUCACUCUGUUUAUUUCUCAUUUACCAUGGUGAUUUACUUUGUUUAUUUCUCUCUCUCUUUCUUGCUUUUCUAUAUCAGUUAAAAAAGUAGAUAUCAUCAUCGCUUAGCUCUCAGCAGUAGCAGUUAUACAUGCACUGGGUAUUAUCAAUAAUAAUCAUAAAAACCCUAAAAACCUCAGUAAGAAUCGCUUAGCUCUCAGCAGUAGCAGUUGUUUCAUCAAAGAGAGGGCUCUCUCUAAGCCUUUUUUCUCUCUUCUGAGGGGUUUUGAGUUGAAUUUCAGGGUUUAGGACACAAUUGCAGGGUUUAGGAAAGAGUUGUACUUCAUCAAAUUCUUCAAAAAGCUCUCGAAAGUAUUAUGGAUAAUCUAGAGCGUGGUUGGAUGUACGACAGGUUGGAUGGUCGAGGGGGUAUUAAUUCUAGUUUCAUAACUGGUGUUAAUAAGUUUCUUGAGUUCUCAUGUUCUCAGAGAAACCGCAUGAGUGGUGACGAUGUCAAAUGUCCGUGUAAAAAAUGUCACAAUAUUAAAUUCAUGGAUGUUGAAACCGUUAAAUUGCACCUUCAAUCGUUUGGAUUUGUUGAGAACUAUUUUGUUUUGAAGUAUCAAGGGGAAAAAGAAGUGACCGGUGAGAUGUAUAGUGAUUUACAUGGUGGUACUCAACCUGAAUUAGGAUAUGAUAAUCCAUAUCGCCAAAUGGUUUUAGAUGCAGCUGGACCGAACUUUGGCCAGGGUUCGAGUAAUACUGAACCUGAGUCAUCUCAUCACUGUGAACCUUUGGUGGAGGAGGAAUCUAAUCCUUCAAUGGAGGAGGAGCCUAAUGUUGAGUCCCAGAGGUUUUAUGAUUUGCUACAAGCUGCUGAUGCAAAAUUGUAUCCUGGUUCUUCCCUCUCUCAACUCACAGUAGUUUCUAGGAUGUUAAAUAUUAAAAGUGAGAAUACUUUGUCACAGAGGGGUUAUAAUCAAAUUAUGCAACUAUUGAAAGAGGCUUUACCUGAAGAUAACAUAGUGAUUGAUAGUUAUUAUCAGACCAAGAAGCUAGUGCGUAGCUUGGGUUUGCCUGUUGAAAAGAUUGAUUGUUGUAAUUCAGGAUGUAUGUUGUAUUGGGGUGAUGAUGAGGACCUAGCUUCUUGUAAGUUUUGUGGCUAUGAGAGGUAUAAACGUCGUGUUGGUUCUCGUAAGAGGAAAUUGGUCCCUUACAAGAAAAUGUAUUAUUUCCCUUUGAUUCCUAGAUUGCGGAUACUAUAUGCGUCUCAUGCUACAGCUUCCGACAUGAGAUGGCAUCACGAGCAUAUACAAGAGGAGGGGGUAAUGCGUCAUCCAUCAGACUCUGAGGCUUGA